GAGGCCACAGCUCCGCACUGUCAAGAAGUUUUUCGACUUCACAUUGUCGUUGUUGCAAGCAACGUCUGUUUUUUUUUUUUUUUUUUUUUUGCUAAGAAACACAAAAGACAGAGGACAGGUGGCGUGAGGAAAAGCGGUGUGAUAAGAGGAGUGCGAGGCGGAAACGGACACAGCCAUGGACGGUGUGUACGGAUGGGGCAUGACCUCCAUUAACCAGGUCCAACCAGCGAGCCCUUACAUAGAGAUCAUCGAGCAGCCGAAGCAGAGGGGGAUGAGGUUCCGCUAUAAAUGUGAGGGUCGCUCAGCUGGCAGCAUUCCUGGAGAGAAAAGCAAUGACACCACUAAAACCUACCCGGCCAUCAAGGUUCACAACUACAGCGGCCCGCUCCGGGUCCGCAUCUCCCUGGUGACAAAGAACCCACCGCACAAGCCCCACCCCCACGAGUUGGUUGGAAAAGACUGCAAACAUGGCUACUAUGAGGCCGACCUGCAGGAGAGACGAAUCCACAGUUUUCAGAACCUGGGCAUUCAGUGUGUGAAGAAGAAGGAUGUCAAUGAAGCCAUCACUUGCAGACUGCAGACCAGCAACAACCCCUUCAACAUUCCUGAGCCCAAGGUGUGGGAGGAAGAGUUUGACCUGAAUUCUGUGCGACUUUGCUUCCAGGCCUCCAUCACCCUUCCCACGGGGGACAUGUUUCCUUUGCAGCCCGUUGUCUCGCAGCCCAUCUUUGACAACAGAGCCCCGAACACAGCCGAGUUGAAAAUCUGCAGAGUGAACCGUAACUCUGGCAGCUGCAGAGGAGGGGAUGAAAUCUUCCUCCUCUGCGAUAAAGUGCAAAAAGAGGACAUCGAGGUCCGGUUCUUCCAGGACUCCUGGGAGGGGAAGGGCACGUUCUCUCAGGCUGACGUCCACCGGCAGGUGGCCAUUGUGUUCCGCACACCUCCCUACCGCGACACUAACCUCAGCGAGCCCAUUAAGGUGAAGAUGCAACUCAGAAGGCCCUCUGACCGUGAAGUCAGCGAGCCGAUGGACUUCCAGUUCCUACCUGCUGACCCAGAUGAAUACAGGCUGACUGAGAAGAGAAAGCGUACAGGAGACAUGUUCCAAAGCUUGAAGCUGGGAUCUAUGUUAUCAACUGUAUCCGUUCCGCAAGACAGACGGCAGAUAAACCUCGCACGGAGACCAGCUAAACUGACUGCUAUGAACACACAAGCAGCAGCGGAGGCUGCCCCUUCUGCCAGUGGGUUGAAACCCUUCUCAUACAAUCAACCAGGACAGCUGUUCUCUGUCCAGGCUAAGGUUGAGGCAUCUUCGUCCAUCUCUACAGUGACUACCAACCAAACCUGGAAGAUUAUGGAGAGCUUGAAGCUGGGCCCCACCAACCCGGUGCAGACCUUCACGGUGAACUCCGUAUCGGCCCCUUCCUCCUCCACCACUUCCACCGCUGCCAACAACAAGUACUCCACCAUCAACCUGCCAGACCUUCGCGAGUUCUUCCCCAACAUUUCCUCCCCCAUGGCCGAGGAGUCUGCGACUCCGCAGGGAAGUGCCGCCGCCCCACAGACUGGCAGCUCCUUCCCCCUGCAGGAGUCCCAGUUCCGGGUAGACCCCCCGCUAGUGGACGACGAGAUCCCGGAUUUCUCCAACUUCACCGAUGCUCCGGUGCCAGGCACCCUGGACAGCCUCAACAUGGAUGAAUUUGAGGACCUUCUGAACCCACGCCUAAUGAGCGAGAGCGGAUCUGCCGCGUCCAUGCUGACGUCUUCCCAACAAGAAGUCCUCUCCAGCUCGGCCUCUGCGUCCCAGAACAGCGCCGCUUCCCAGAAUCUCCCAGAUUACGUCAACAACCCAGGAAGCACCUACAUGAAUUACCCCAACAGCAUCGCCAACCUGCUCCGAAACGAGGACAUGAUUGUCCUGGCGUCCAGCAACAACAACAACCAGCAGCCCGCCGUGCUGGAUGACUUCGACGUGCUGAUGUCCGCCGACGAAGACCGCCUCAUUUCCAUUUUCAACAGCGGGAGUCAAGCUGGCUUUGUGUCAGGACACCCAACUUAAUUGUUUCUCCCAAAAGGAUGAUUUGUAAAUCCCUUCCCUGAAGACUCACUUAUUAAUGCAGACACAAUAAAGAAUGCUGGACUGACAAAAGGGUCGAAGAGGCAUAAGGUAGCAAGACUUCUGUCUGUGGACAAACUCAUAGAAAUACAAUUACCAAAUGAGAAACCACGGGACUGAACGCAUCUUGAUUUCAUUCAGCUCGUUGAAAACAAUCACGGAUAUUGAUUUAUCAAGAGUAAAGACUGGGCGCGGGUCAACAUGAGGUCGUCACAGUGGCUUAAAUUUGAAUUGAAAAUACCAUGAUGGCAUGGUAUUAACUCAAUUGUUUAUGUUUAAAAUUGCCACCAAUCUCCUUGCUUUGCAACAUUUCUUCUGUGUGCAGCAACAAGUGUGGGCAGCACCUAUAGGAACUUCAGUUUGUUGGAAACAUUUUUACAGUUAAAAAAACCAUGCAUUUUAAGUGUUUAAGGUUACUGAUGUAGCUGGCCCAAGCCUAUUAAAGACGUUUUGACGAAUACGUCAGAAAGGUUGUUCUGAAUAGAACAUCUGUAGCUUGUUUUUUUUUCUCUUUUUUUUGUACUGUCAAUGGAAUAAUUUUUGAUAGCUAAAAUAAUUUUCUUCACAGUAAGGCUGGGCGAUGAGGCUUAAAAUUAAAUUUUCAAUGACAUUUUUUGUUUAAUUACAAGAAAAUAGACCAAGUAUUAGCAGACUAACGACACAAUUCAACCAGAACUUCAAAAUGAACAGUUUCAAAGUCCUGCUGCUUAUAAUUUGAAGCCGAUGAGUUAAAAAAAAAAAAAAAAAGCCAGGAAUGCCAAGGUUUAACUUUAAAAGAUGCUCAACAUUCUUUAUUGAAUGUUUUUAUUUUUAAUGGAGUUCUCUUAAAAUUAUUACUGCAUUCUUUUUAUGUUACAACUGUACUCUGGUGAUAUUAUUGCUUCAUUCUCUGAUUAUUUUUACUUUAUUCUCAAAUUGCUGCAACUGAAUUUCUGUAAUACUUUGACCUUACUUUUAAAUUCUGACCUAAUAUUCUAACCUGAAAAAAAGACAUUGGUGGAAUUUUUUUUUCCAAAAAUUAAAACCCAAAAAUUUGAUUGAUAAAAUUUGAUAAAAAUUUGAUUUAAUCGCCCAGCCCUACUUCACAGAAGUGUUUGAUCUUGCUUUUUGUGCUGUUAAAUAAACAGGCUGGUACAUUACAAUGUUAUCUAAUCUAGAAGAAAGUCUAUGCAUGGUUUUAUCCAAUACCACUUUCAAUUGACUUCGAUUUUUAAUUAGGGAUGCACUGACAUGAAAACAGUCGAUGCAGAUAUUUACAUUACUGCUAUGGCUGGUAAAUGAUACUAUAUAUGUUUCCCUACCCUUUCAACAACCACACUGCUGACACCAUCAAUAGCUGUGUUUCCAUUGACCAUAUAAUUGCACAAAUUGGAAUUGCAAAAUAAAAUUUGCUUAGUAGAAGCGCAAAGAAAAAAAAAAGUUUUGCACAAGGAUGAAGUAAUGCAUUUUGCAGAACUGUAAUGGAACUGCUUUUUUUGCAUCACCAGUCAUGUGAUCAACAAUGGGUGUUACUACUGGAAAAAGGACAGGGACAGGAAGUAGUAGGAUGGUGGUGUGGCAUGUUCUUUAAUAGCCUUAUGUAAACACACUUUUUCAUGUGAUUUUAAUUUUUAUUUAAUAGAAAAAAAAUUGCAAAUGUUUUAUAUUUUACAUUAGCAGAAUGUCUACAAAAUUUUGCACACACUUGCAAUGGAAAUGCAGCUAUUGUCAUGUGACUAAACAAAUACCACUUAAGAUGACCAAAACAUUGGUUGCAUCAGCCCAGUUUUACAUGCAGAACCAGUAUGUAAAAGACAACAUUGUGCAUCCCUAAUUUCUAUGUUCACUGAAGCUACCAUUCGAAUGUGGUAAGAAAUUAAAUGAAGGUCUACAUGUAAAUACCAUAUAAGCGAUGCAAGAGUUUGCUUACUAAACAGAGAUUUAUUCUGGUGAAGUUCUGGGUCAGGUUGUUUUUAACAGCCAAACCAGCUUAAGACUUAUGUAAAAAGUAUAAGUAGUAACAUGCUUCCCCCCCCCAAGUUAUUCUGCCUUUUUUUUCUUUUUUUAUAUAUGGUAUUUCAUAUAUUGGA